ACUACUUCUUUCUUCUCUCAAGUAUCUUCUUAUGCUUUCGAUGGCGUUCGCAAAUCAAUUUGGCUACUCAGGUAACCAUUGGAUAAUGGUGCAUGUACUUUCAAUUAAUUUAUUUUAUUACUUCUAAUUUAAAACUAUUGCACAUUUAACUAGGUAAAAGACAGCAUUCAUGAAAUCAAAUAUAAACAGUUUUAAAAUAUGAACGUGACUGUUAAUAGUUUGGAUGCUACGAGUAUGAUUUUAUAAAUCCGAUAGUAAGUAGUGCUCUACAUACAGUUGCUCACAUUCUCAUACUCUACAUACUUCCUGAAAAUAAUACAAAUUAAUUUUAAUUUCAGGCUUUGAAGUUUCAUAACGUGAAGAAAAUAUUACAAACUUAAUGAUAAAUAAAAAGAACGAACGGCUCUAAUUACGAGUGUUUAGUGCAUAGUUUGAAGGAUUUCAUUAUGCCGCAAAGUUGUAUACAGCUGUUGAACACGAAAACAUUUAUGUUACGUGUCAGAGUAAUUUUGCUUCUCUAUCGCACUCGGAGUUAGAAAAGUUUGCGUCUCUCUCCCGCGUGACGCAAUGCGCCCGCGCAGUAAUCCGCGGUGCAUUCACUCGGACCGUAAACUGCGCGAGAUCACAACGUAGGUAACAUCAUUUCUCUAUAGUGACAAUCGAUUAUUUAGUUCGUGAUCUACAAAAAAAGUUUAUCUGUUUCAUAACCGUGUCUAAGACGCCAGUGACGUGCACAGUGAAUAUUUAUGUGGCAAUAAGAAAUCUGCGCGAAGGUUAAAGUUUUGCAAUGGACGCGACUAUGGAAAACAAAAUGGGUCUACCCCCACCGUACGAGCAGGCACAUCCCAACCCGGCGCCUCCACCAUCCUACUUUGGCAGUAACCCUCCACCACCACCGGGUAUGGUCAUCCCUCCGGCAACUGCUCCUCGGACCACCGUGAUCACAUCUCCACCUAGCUCCGGCCUAGCCCCAGGAAAACUGGGCCCAGGCCCCACAGGCACCACCUGCGUUACAUGCAACAAAUCCAUAGUAACGCGAGUCGAUUACGUACCCAACAAUCGGACUCAUAUAAUUUCUGCAGCGCUGUGCGUUCUGGCUGGAUGUUGUUGCGGCUGCUUCGUCCCCUACUGCAUGAGGUCUUGUAAAACCGCCAACCACUACUGCCCGAACUGUCAAGCGUUCGUCGGGACGUACAUUCCUUCGUGACUAUCUUGUCGUUGCAAAAAAUGAUCUCGAUUCGAUCUCAGAUGCUGUACCCACGUGUGACGUAAAUCUGCCGGGCUAGGAUGAUGCGCACCGUGAUAAAAUCUUAUCGAUGAUUUUUGACGACAAAUGUAUGGGCUUAUCGCGUAAAAUCGAUAAAAUGGUGCGAAAGAGCUUAUCGCGGCGCGCAUCCUAGGCCUACUGAUCUUGUAUGAUUAGUCACAUGCCUCAAGUACGUUUUGUAGCACAUCAUAUACAAUUUUGUAGGAAAAUAGCUGUUAUUACCACUACAUAAGAUGCCACAAUGUUUAGCUUGAUUUGUUGUCCUCUGUACUAAGCAAAUACGAGUAGUCAAGAUAGGUUGAGCCACAUUAUUUAUGUAGGUACAGCAUCUAAGGCGUUUAUAAAACAUCACGUAUAAAACAUAGUAAUAUUUUUGUAAAUAUCUUUAGAGUAUAUUUUAUUAUUAAGUUUACCCCACAUAAUUAUAUGUCAAAAUAAGAAUGAUUAAACCUUGUGGUUUAAUUUCUAUACGUUUUUACAGAUUUCAUUUUUUAUAAAGAACUGAUGAUACUUUGCCCCUAUUAUAUUUCUUGCCUUCUGGUAAUGGAAACUUUUUCUAUGGCAAUUCAGAUAAAGGUUUUCAUUCUAAAAAUUUAGAUACGACUGAAAAACAAACUGGUGCGGCGUAUUUGCGGAAAACGCGUUUGAGAUCGUCUCAAAAGAUAAUAAAGAUAAAAAAUGCACUAUAAGGUGAUAAAAUGAUAUUUUCAACUUAAUAUUUUCAUAAUGUACAGUGGUGUUUGUCAUACCUAGAUAAGUAAGUAUGUAUUCGAACUCAUUCUUCAUUCAAUGAAUAAGCAGAGUAUGUAUUGUUAUUUUAAUAUCAAUAAAAUGAGUGGACCAGUUCAAAGUACCUAUGUAAGUAUAAUAUUUUUUCAACUCAGUGGUGCCUCCAUUUUCCCUAUUGGCUUACCUACGUCAAAGUAGUCGUCAUUGUAGAGU